CUCUCGGAUGCCAACGCCUUUAGAUAAUAUCCCUUUGUUCUUCCAACCUCGAGACCGAGCAAGUAGCUUCGCCCAAGUCGUCCCGGACAGCCAUGGGCUCUGAGCUCAUAUACCGCGGCCACGACACCUCGGCGGCGGCGGAAGCCGGUGCGUACUCGCCCAAGCCGGAAAAGAGGCUCCUUUGGUUCUCCCGCCCUUUCCGCUACCUCCUCCGCGAGCAGCGCCUACUCUUUGUGUUCGUAGGCAUGGCCCUAGCUACCGCCUUCUUCGUGCUCGCCCCCCACUCCGAUUUGCCCUCCUCCAGCAGAUCCUACCUCAGGGAGGACCCCACGCGGCUGCCUUCGGUGCAGCGGACGGCGAUCGAGAGAGGGUCCUCCGUCGGUGAGGUUCCGCCGGGGCUGAAGCGGAAGGGGCUCCGGAUCAUGGUCACCGGCGGCGCUGGAUUCGUCGGGAGCCAUCUGGUGGACCGCUUGAUUGAUCGAGGGGACAGCGUCAUCGUAGUGGACAAUUUCUUCACCGGGCGGAAGGAGAACGUGGUUCGCCACUUUGGGAAUCCCAGCUUCGAGCUCAUCCGCCACGAUGUCGUGGAGCCGCUCCUCCUGGAAGUCGACCAGAUCUACCACCUCGCCUGCCCGGCCUCUCCCGUCCACUACAAGUUCAACCCUGUGAAGACGAUCAAGACCAACGUGGUGGGGACUCUGAACAUGCUGGGCCUUGCCAAGAGAGUCGGAGCCAGAUUCCUCCUCACCAGCACCAGCGAGGUUUACGGUGAUCCCUUGCAGCAUCCACUAGUCGAGACCUACUGGGGAAAUGUUAAUCCCAUUGGCGUAAGAAGUUGCUAUGAUGAGGGCAAGCGCACGGCGGAGACUCUAACCAUGGAUUACUAUCGCGGGGCUCAAGUCGAGGUGAGAAUUGCUCGGAUUUUCAACACAUACGGGCCUCGGAUGUGCAUAGAUGACGGACGGGUCGUGAGCAAUUUUGUUGCUCAGGCCUUGAGGAAGGAGCCUCUGACUGUCUAUGGCGAUGGAAAACAAACCAGGAGCUUUCAGUAUGUCUCUGAUUUGGUGGAAGGCCUCAGUAGGCUGAUGGAUAGUGAGCAUAUUGGUCCGUUCAACUUAGGAAACCCUGGAGAAUUCACCAUGUUGGAGCUCGCCAAGGUCGUGCAGGAUUCGAUAGACCCCGAUGCAAAGAUAGAGUUCCGACCGAACACAGAAGAUGAUCCCCACAAGCGCAAACCCGAUAUCACAAGGGCCAAAGAGCUUCUCAGCUGGGAACCAAAGGUCUCACUCCAGGAAGGCCUUCCGCUUAUGGUCUCAGACUUCCGCAAGCGAAUAUUUGGCGAUCACACUGAGUUCGAUUCCAUGGCCACCACUACUGCCUAAGAGAUGCAUUGCUUAUGCUGCUGGAUUUAGAUUUUUUUUACACACCGAAUUGAAUUCCGUUUGGCUGCAAGAAGAGAAAUGAGACAAUUUGGAGUUCCGACGAAGUGAAGAAAAUUCGUAGUACACCUUUCCAAAUGGAUCAUACGAUAACAAUGUACUGGUGUAAAUUAUUGUCGCUUUGCUAUUUAACUACAGCGCUAUUCUAAUUGAUUAGUACC